AUGAAUGUAGAGAACCUUCGUCGACUUUCAAGAGCCGAACGAAUGACCGAUCAAUCUUCUUCUCAACUCUCCCAUUUGGGCCGUUUUCAUAAUAUUCUAGCUGUGUUAAAGAAGAUUUUAAGAAGAUACUUGCGCGUACUCUGUCGGCCUGUUAACAAGGAUACCAUCGUGAUCGAUGCGUUCUUGGACCCUGUUUGCCCCUAUAGUCGGGACUCGUGGCCACCUCUCAAACAAGCCGUCCAACACUACGGUCCCCGUGUUGGGCUCACCCUCUGCCUCUUCCCUUCACCGUCAAUAGCUUUCUCUUGUUAUUUGUUCUCUCUCAACUCUCCUUUAGAGAAGUUUUACAAUAACCCAACUCGCAACAUGUCCAGGGUCUCUGUUGUACAUCAUAUAGCCAUGUUUGCCGCACAAGUAAUUGGGAAUUCCUAUCAUAAUGCCGUACAUUCUGGCUUCAACGACGAUAAAUCGGGUCUUAAGACAAGGAUUUCCUUCAAGUAUGCUGCCUCGAGGGGAGUGUAUGGAACGCCUUCUUUCUUUAUAAAUGGAUUUUUUCUACCUCAUGCUGGUUCUACUACAAAUCAUACUUGUUGUAAUUCUGAUUUGCUUGUAGUUUCAAGAUCAGAGUCUUGA